AUGAUCAUCGAAGAGACGUCGCCGUCGCCGUCGCCGUCGCCGAGCGUCAAUGAGGCCGCGACGACGCUGACGCGCAUGGAGCACGACGCGCCGCCCGCGCCCGUGAGCAAGAGCCCGAGCCCCGAGCGCCGGCCCGUCGCGGAGCAACGCGACGAGGGGCUUUUCAAACGCGCCGCGGAGUGGGCGUCGAAGCAGGAGGACAGGGACGCCGCGGUCAGACGCCGACGCGAGGCGGUCGCGAGCUUCGAGGCGAAUGGAGGAAUGACGUGGUUCCCGGAUCUCGAAGUCGGCGGCGGCGGCGGCGACGACGACUACGACGACGGCUUCACGUCGACGGACGACGACGACGACGACGACGACGACGACGACGCGCCCUUCGGCUUUCUCGACGGACCCGAGCGACGACGCGCCGCGUUCUGGGCGAAGAAGCGCGCGACGAGCGCGAAGAAGGAGAGGGACGGCGUCCAGGACGCGUACAAGACCUCGCGCGUCGCCGCGGCGCGCGCUGUGACGUUCCCGAGCCCGGUGGAGCAGGUGGAGAGGAUCGAGUCGCGUGAGUCGCCGAAGAAAGAGGAGGACGUCGACGACGUGCCCGAGUCGCCGACGAAAUUCGACUUCGACAUGCCCGAGUCGCCGACGAAAUUCGACUUCGACAUGCCCGAGUCGCCGAAGAAGGUCGAGCCGCCGCCCGACGUCUUCGCGUUCGCGGACGUGACGCCGACGCAGGAGAUCCCGGACGAGGACGACGUCGCGGACGACGCGCGGUCGCGCGGCGUCGAGUCGCGUCUGAUGAAAAACGUGACUCAAAGGAAGCGCGCGUCGCCGUCGAGCUACGACCCGAACGCGUGGGCCGACGAGGUGCGGCCGUCGCGCGAGCCGGGGAUCCUGCAUAGGCGGGCGAAGAAGACGGCGAAGAAGACGCAGAUGAUUCAGGAGAAGCGGACGAAGACGUCGGCGAAGUCGCCCGGCGCCGCCGCCGCGACCGACAAACAUCGGCAACCGCUGAUGGAUGUGCUGCGGGACAACCUCCUCGACGCGCCGGCACCCCGGCUGCGUGUUCGCGCUUCGGCGUGCACGACGCCGCCGCCGAAAUCUGCGCCCGCGCGUUCUCCUCCGCGCGUCGCGGCGGCGGCGGCCGUCGCUUCCCUGCGCACGACGGCCGCGUCGCCCGACGAGUCCUCGAAGGUACACACGCUGCAGAGCAUCACGCGCGCGUUCGCGUCGACGGUGGAGCGCCUGGAUGAAUUACGCGAGAGCAACGUCAUCGAUUCUGAUGAGUUCGAAGCGAUGAAGACGACCGCGAUGGCGUGGUGGACCAGGAUGGUAGAGUCGUCGGAGUCGGAGUGA